UAUGGAUAUUGCUGUAAAUACAUUUUAAUACAUCUUACAACUGUUAAAUCAUUAUAUCUUUUUUCAGACCAUGGAAACUCAGAACAAUGGGAAACUGGGAGAGAGACAAGCCAGCCCAGCACAUUCAACUGUAGACCUUAUCAAUGAGGAGAAGAUGGAGACUGACCCUUGGGAUAUGCCAGAGCUGAAAGACACUGGAGUCCCCUGGUCAGCACUGGACACGAAAGGUAAAGUGCUGAGGGUGGUGCUGUCUGUUGGGAAAAUGUGCCUGUUGCUGGGAUUUCUCUACAUGUUCAUCUGCUCACUGGACAUCCUCAGCUCUGCCUUCCAGUUGGUUGGAGGAAAAGCAGCAGGAGACAUUUUGCAAGACAACAGUGUGCUGUCAAACCCAUUGGCAGGACUGGUGAUUGGUGUUUUGGUGACUCUUCUUGUCCAAAGUUCAUCCACCUCCUCCUCCAUAGUCGUCAGUAUGGUUUCCUCUGGAUUGCUCACAGUCCAGCUGGCUGUUCCUAUUAUUAUGGGGACCAACAUUGGCACUUCCGUCACCAACACACUUGUGGCUAUGACGCAAGCAGGGGAGCGCAGUACAUUUCGUAGAGCUUUUGCUGGGGCCACAGUCCAUGACUUCUUCAACUGGCUGUCUGUGCUGGUGCUGCUGCCAAUAGAAGUGGCCUCUGGGUACCUAUACAUAGUCACAAAACUCAUCAUAGACUCCUUUAAUAUUCAGAGUGGAGAGGCACCGGAUCUGCUAAAUGUCAUCACAGAUGUGCUCACAAAAUCCAUUAUUCAGCUAGACAAGACAGUGAUCAGUCAAAUUGCCACUGGAGACCCAGAAGCCAGAAACAAGAGUCUCAUUUUGAAAUGGUGCAAAACAUUUACCAACACAACUCUAAUGAAUGUGACAGUUCCUGGUCCUGAAAAUUGCACUUCUCCAACUCUCUGUUGGUUUGACGGAAAUCAGACAAUAACACUGAUGAACGUAUCUGUCACUUACAACUUGGAAAAAUGUAAGCACCUAUUUGUGGAUGUGGCCCUGUCUGACCUGGCUGUGGGUCUGAUCCUGCUAGCUCUGUCUCUCCUGGUGCUCUGCUCAUGCCUGAUUCUCAUUGUCAAACUGCUCAACUCAAUGCUCAAAGGGCAGGUGGCAUCUGUCAUAAAGAAGAUCCUAAACACUGAUUUUCCAUUUCCCUUUGGCUGGGUUGUGGGGUACAUUGCCAUUUUGGUCGGAGCUGGAAUGACCUUUGUGGUGCAGAGCAGUUCAGUGUUUACAUCUGCAAUUACUCCACUUGUUGGUAUUGGUGUGAUCAGCAUAGAAAGGGCCUAUCCACUGUCACUUGGAUCAAAUAUAGGCACCACCACAACAGCUAUCCUGGCUGCAAUGGCUAGUCCAGGAGAGACACUGGCCAAUGCAUUACAAAUUGCACUUGUGCAUUUCUUGUUCAACAUCACUGGCAUUGUCCUGUGGUACCCAAUACCCUUCACCAGAAUUCCGAUCCGCCUUGCCAAGAGCCUGGGCAGCGUCACAGCCAAGUACCGCUGGUUUGCUGCAGUCUACAUCAUCUGCUGCUUCUUCCUUCUGCCCUUGCUCGUCUUUGGGCUUUCUGUGGCAGGUUGGAAGGUCCUCGUAGGAGUGGGUGCACCACUGCUCGGUCUACUGAUCAUCAUUGUUAUAAUUAAUGUGCUGCAAAAGCACAAACCCAGCUGUCUUCCAGCAGCCCUGAGGAACUGGGACUUCCUGCCCCUGUGGGCCCACUCUCUCGCACCCUGGGACAAAGUGGUGGAUGUGUUUGUCACCAAGUGCUGCUGCUGCUGUAAAUGCUGUCAGCUGCCUGCAGAUGAGGAGACACAAGAAGGAAAGGAAAAGAGUCUCAAAGAGGCAUAUGACAACCCUGCCAUGGAGACUGAGAGAGAGGUGGAAAAGGAAAUCGACAGUCAAAGAGAUAAAAUAGAGCUGAAGAUUCUCAAUAUGACCAAGCUUUGA